AUGAAGUCAGACGAGUACGGUAAAAUUUUAGUUUUGCCACCUUUUUUGGUUACUUACAUUCCCAUCAUUGUCCUUUACAUGAUAAUGCGGUUUUACAGAAUUCCACUGGGUGGUAUCAGUCGCUGGGUUGCCACAAAUGCAUUUUCCGAUAUAUUCAAGGAGAAGAAGAAGAAGACUUGUUGUCCUCGAGAAGCGAAGUGGCUGUUAAAAGACAUUGAUUUGACAGCGGCGAAGGGAUUAUUAUCCAAGGUCCUAUUCAGAUUUCUGAUACUGUUUUAUGUGAUGUUUGGUGCUGUGCUGACAGUUUUUUGGCAGCUCCUCUUGCGGGACGUAAGCUACGACUGCGAUGAAGAUGACCUCUCGAAAGACUGCUUCGAACGCAAAUGGACUUCGGAGCCGCAAGACCCCCUAAACUGUAGCAGUGCUGCCGUUCAAAAUUUGAUUCAAAAUGGAACCAUACAGGUCAUCUGCUACAAAAUCGUCUUCAAUUUUGGAUUGGCCAGUGGUGUAAGUUACGGCUCAUUCAAUCUCUCUAUGUUCGUCAUUAAGGUAGGUGCAAGUGCACUCUUGAGGAUUGAGACAGCAAAGAUGCUACGAUGGGUGCAAGCUUUGGUUGGAUUACUGGUUCUCAGUGUUGUCAUAUCGCUCAUAGUUGUUGACGCAGUCAUUCCUUCGGCAGCCAUCUUUUUUUCGGGUCACCUAAGUACUAUCGCUCAGAUAGUAACAACAGCAAUAAUUUCACUAGUCUUCCUGUUCUAUAUUCCCUGGCGGGAGCUCAUUGACUUAAAAACCCAGAGAGAUAACCCGCAGCGUUCUCUCUUAGAAAACUGUGCUGAGGCAUCUGUAUAG